AUGUUGUGUACAAAACUAAUCUAAAUAUAUGCCUAUAAAGUUAUACGAUAAUAAUACUAUAAUAUAUGUGAUAUUGUGAUGAUAUAGUGGUUUUUAAUAAAAGCGUUUAAUGUCAAAAUUUUUCGAAGUUGUUAGAAUAUCUCACAUUAAUUAUAAUUACGUAAUAUUGAUCCGAUAACUGGAAGUUAAGUCAUUGGACGUUCUGAUUGAUAAUUUUAUAAAUAAUAUAUACAUAUAUUAUAUAGGUAUCGUCGAAUGUUUGUUAUUUAUGUAUUGUCACAUGACAUGUAAUGAUAUACUAGUGAUUAUGGUCUUAUAAUUAUUUAUUGUUCGGUUAAACGGUUGGUUCGUUACGUUACUAUAAUAUCAACAGAUUGCAAAGAACAGUGAUGAUGAUACACUUCUGUAGUAUUAUAAUAUUAUAAUAGUAUAAUAAUAUAGUCGUGAUUACAGAUGAAUGGAUCGACGACUUUUCGUUAUAGAUUUAAUGCAUCUCCACGUGAUUAUUAUGACCACUAUAUACCUACAGUAAUUUAGGUUGUGUAAAAAUAUGUCUUUUGAAAACAAGUAGGCCAGGACUACCCAAAUCAUGAUUUUGCAAUUGGAAAAUGAUAAUAAAGACAGGAAUGAAUUCCACGAAGACGGUGAAAAGUGCGAAAAAGGGACAAAUGAUGAUAUCAAUAAAAUUGAGGCUACACCGGCGGAUUUCGAAACAGCCAUUAGCCAUACAGGUUAUGGUAUUUACAAUAAAAGAAUGCUCGUGUUGUACAUACCUUUGACACUGACUUCGUUGUUCUGUACCACUUCACCGUCGUUUAUAUUGCCGGCGGUAAGAUGUUACUUCGAUUUGACGCCUCUGGAAGAGGGCUCGCUGUUCGGAGCUGUUUACGUAGGUAUGGUUUCGAGUGCUUUUGUAUGGGGUUUUCUCAUUGAUACGCUGGGAAGACAAAAAUUAUUAUUCUAUGGCAUACUGUUGAGUGGAAUUAUGGAGUUUCUUUCGGGUCUCGUUCAAAGAUUUUGGGUGUUAGUUGUUCUCAAGUUCUUCUGUGGAGUCGCAACAUGUGGUCCAUACUCUCUCGCGUUUACUUUUUUGUCUGAAUUCUAUGAUAAAGAUCAUCGAGAUAAAAUCGUAUUGUACGCAGGAGGAUUUUCGUCGUUCGCUUUUGUUUUGCAACCUCUUGUGGCGUAUUUUUUAAUUCCAAUGGAUAUAAAUUUUCAAUUCUUUAAUGGAAAUCUAAUUAUUGAUAAUUGGAGAGUAUUCUUGAUGACUUGUUCAGUCAUGGUUUUCCUAGCAGCAUUCUUAGUUUAUUCUAUGGACGAAAGUCCAAAGUUCCUAAUGGCCGUCGGUCGCCAUAAAGAAGCUCUACAAGUGUUUCGAAAAAUAUAUUCACAAAAUACAGGCAAUCCACCAGAAUCGUAUCCCAUUAGCAUUUUAAGAUCAGAAAUAUCAGAAGAACAGUCAUUAAAGUCUAUGCCAUCAAUGACUGUUUCAAAGUUUAUAAAAAAAGGAUGGGUUCAAAUAAAACCUUUCUUUUUGAAACCAUAUUUAAGACCGUCGUCAUUGACAUUCAUGUUGUUAUUCAUGACAAUGUUAACAUUGAACACCUUUCGAUUAAGACUGCCAAAUAUGUACGCAACAAUUAUUGCAGCUAAAGGCGACCAGUCAGUAUGCAAAUCUAGAACUUCAACUAAUGUUACUUACACAGCAGAUUGUAGAGGGACUCUCGCUCUAGUUGAUCCAGAAAUCUACAUCAAAUCCAUGAUUGUCGGAUCAGCAGUUUUCGGUAUGUUUUGGGUCGCCAUAUACAUUACAAAAUACAUGGAUAAAAAUCAUAUAUAUAUAUUUUUUUCAAUAUUGGGUGGAGUUGGUAUUUCAAUAUUUCCAUGGACAAAUGGUAUCGUCACCUUAAUCUUUUCGGCUAUGUAUGUAGGCAUAAUGAACAUCAAUACUACGCUAGUAAUUAGUAUUAUGGCUUCGGCUGUUCCUACCACACUAAGAGGUAUGGCGGUAAACAUGGUCAUAAUGUUCGGUAGAAUUGGAGUUGUUUUCGGAAAUUUAAUCAUACCCGUAUUGGAUAGGAUCGGUUGCGAGUUGCCCUAUAUGACAUUGGCUAUGUUUAAUUUUUCGUGCUUGGGUGUCAUACUAAUAUUAAUGAGGAUAAAAAAAGAAAAACCAAAGACAAUUACAACCCCCUAAUAUAUAUUUCAUCCUCCGUGUUUUGGAAUUCAACAAUAUUCAGAUCAACAUUCUCAAACAAAAAUAAGUUAUUAAGAAAUUAAAUGACUCUGAAUUUUAAUUUUUUAUACCUACCUAUUUAUGUAUUAUUUUAGCUUUUAAUUUUCAAAUUUGAUUUGAUUAUAAUUUCUUUUAAACUAUAAUGAUUUUAUGUACAUAGAAACACAUAAUAAAGAUGGGUAUCAACUAGUUAA